CGUCGACCAUUCGUCAAGUCAAUUGACUUUAUCCCGACUAGAGUAAUCUAUCUUCCCGAUUAUGGCUUCCGUCUCGACUUCGACUGUCCCCGGGCAGCACCCAGCAUUUCGGCACACCGUCACUGACUUCGAGUCCUCGACCUCCCUUUCUUCGCUCUCUUCGGUGGAUGCCAACCGGGCCAAGCCUACAUAUGACCGUCUCCUUGAUACAUAUGGCAACGAGUUCACGCCCCCCGAUUUCACCAUUAAGGAUAUCCGCGAUGCCAUCCUAAAGCACUGCUUCGAGCGAUUCACCUUCAAAGGCUACAUUUACAUACUCCGCGACAUAAUCUGCCUUGUCACCACCUUCACUAUCUUCUACAACUUCGUGACUCCUGGAUACUUUCCCUCCACGCCUGGUAUCUUUGGAACUGGUCUCUGGGUUAUUGCCCACGAAUGUGGCUAUCAAGCGUUCUCUGAGUCUCGCCUUGUCAAUGACGCGACUGGCUGGGUACUUCACUCAGCUCUUCUUGUCCUAUACUUCAGUUGGAAGAUCUCUUAUGGCAAACACCAUAAGGCCACUGGAAAUAUGGAGCGUGACAUGGUCUUUGUUCCUCGCACUCGCGAGCAGCACGCCACCUGCAUUGGCCGCAUAGCCUACGAGCUCUCUGAACUGACUGAGGAGACCCCCGCUUACACCCUGCUUCGGCUGGUUAUGAAGCAGCUCGUCGGUUGGCCCAGCUACAUCCUUACUAACGUCACUGGUCACAACUACCAUGAAUGCCAGGGUGAAGGUCGUGGCAAGGGGAAGAAGAACGGCUUGGGGGGAGGCGUAAACCACUUCGACCCCCGAAGUCCCAUAUAUGAGGCCAAGCAAGCCAAGCUUAUCAUAUUGAGUGAUAUAGGUAUCGGAAUCGCUAUUGCUGCUCUUGUAUACUUAAGUAACACUUUCGGUUGGACCAACAUGCUUGUCUGGUAUGGCAUUCCCUAUCUCUGGGUCAACCACUGGCUUGUUGCCAUCACUUUCCUCCAGCAUACUGAUCCGACGCUUCCUCACUAUACUGCGGACGAGUGGAAUUUUGUUCGUGGUGCUGCUGCUACGAUUGAUCGUGACAUGGGCUUCAUCGGCCGACACUUGCUCCACGGUAUCAUCGAGACCCACGUCCUACACCAUUAUGUUAGCACCAUUCCCUUCUACAACGCCGACGAGGCCUCAAAAGCUAUCCGACCCGUCAUGGGCGACCACUAUCGCACCGACACUAAGGAUGGCGCCUGGGGUUUCAUUCGUGCCUUGUGGAUCAGCGCCCGGAUGUGUCAGUGGGUUGAGCCUAGUGCUGAGGCCGAGGGAGCUAGCAAAGGUAUCCUCUUCUUCCGCAACCACAACGGUCUGGGUACCAAGCCUGUCGUUCUAAGGAAACCCGAGUAGUGUCUGGAUUCUCUGUAAUGAUGAUGAUGUUCUGUGGUGUUGUAACGUUGAUUGUUGUAUUU